ACACACACACACACACAGACACAGACAGAGUACAGUCAAGUCAAGUCAGUAUCACUGCACGUUACUCACAACUCCAGUGUCCUGUGCGGUAACAGAAGCGUCUCACUUUUCUACGGCUUGGCUUUAAAAAAGUGCACGGACUUGAUCGUUCAGAGCAGCGCGUGCUUGUGGACAGGAUCCCGGUUUGAGGAUGCGCUCCGUUUUCCUUUUCGGUGCCUUGUUCGCUGUUGCGAUGUUUUCUCAAGCAAGCAGCAUACAGAAGGUCAUCGGCAUGUACGGCGAGACCAUCAAGGUGCCUUGCAACAACGGCGACAACAAGCCAGAAGAUCUGAUGUUCACUAAAUGGAAACAUUCGCGUGAGAACAGCACGUCAGGAGAUAUCUUGGUCAAGCAGGCUCAGAAGGAAGAAGCAAAGAUCUCAGCCACUGACGGCUAUAAGGACCGCGCUAGCAUCGAGCCGGACUCCAGCCUGCUAAUCAAAAACGCGAUCCUUGAUGACCAGCGAGUCUUCACCUGCAUGGUGGUCUCCAUAAAUAAUCUCAACGAAUACCCUGUCGAAGUGGAAGUGCACAAGAAACCAUCAGCACCUGAAUUCAGGAACAAGGCGAGUCAGCUGGACGACGGAAAACUGACGCCGCUGGGAGAAUGUGUAGCUGCCAGCGCAAACCCCCCAGCAGAGAUCAUCUGGGAGAAGAAUAACGAGCCUCUAGUGGCAGACAACAAGCUGAUCAUUGUCCAUGCCUCUGUGAAGAAGGACCCAUCCACCGGUUUGUCCACCACAACCUCUCAGUUGCAGUACACAGCAGGGAAACAGGAUGCGGCCUCAAAGUUCGCUUGCGUUGUUAAACAUGUAACCGGCCCUGACCAGAUAUCUGCACCCGAAACCUUCAGCAUCCACUACCCCACUGAGAAGGUGAGCCUGCAGGUUGAGUCACGGGGUUUCGUUAAGGAAGGUGAUGACGUGACGAUGAAAUGCCAAGCAGAUGGAAACCCUCCUCCCACCAGCUUCAACUUCCACAUUAAGGAUAAGAAGGUAUUGGUAUCCAACUCAGACGUCUACACUCUGCAUGGCAUAAACCGAGCUGACUCUGGAGAAUACAAGUGCUCGCUGAUUGACAAUGAAAACAUGCAGGCUUCAACAAACAUCACUGUCACCUAUCUGGACCUGAAUGUCAUUCCCUCAGGAAACAUCCUGAAAAAGUUUGGGGAGUCGUUGGAGGUGAAGAUAGACAGGAAUUCCUCGAGUGAAGCCGCAGUGGUCUGGACUAAGGACAACGGCAAGCUGGACAAACUCCCCGACUUCAGCUCUCUAACGUACAAUCACGCCGGUUUCUAUGUGUGCGAGGCAUCUGUACCCGGAAUCAAACGCAGCGCCUCCUUUAAGCUGGUUGUGGAAGGCAUCCCGGUGAUUAAGAGUCUGAAAAAAGAGAGAAGCCCAGAUGGCAAAGCAAAGGUGCUGAUCUGUGUGGCUGAGGGUUCGCCUGAACCUGAAGUGUCCUGGAGUGUCAAUGGAACUCUUAGCAAGAGCCAAUACAGCAACGGCGUAAUCACUUACAAACUAACUGUGAUGCCCAGUGCGAACCUGACCGUGACGUGCCGAGUCUCUAACAGUCUGGGCACAGCCAGCAAGGACAUCGAAGUGCUAUCCUUAUGGGAAAAGGCACCAGAUCCCUUAAAAGACGACGACGAUGACAAGGCCAAGCUGAUUGUCGGUGUGGUGGUGGGUCUCAUAUUGGUAGCCGCACUAGUAGGCAUCAUCUACUGGCUGUACAUGAGGAACAGACAAGGCAGCUGGAAGACGGGCGAGAAGGAGGCGGGCACCUCGGAGGAGAGCAAGAAGCUGGAGGAGAACAACCAUAGACCAGAGCCAUAGAGUGACUCACACACAGGACCGAGACACAGAGACGAAGAGAGGCCUUGUCACACUCAAUGUGCUGUACAACACAACAACAUAUCCAUCAUCUGAUCUGAGACUCCUGAUAGGCUGUCAGGCUGCGUAUACAUGCACAUCACUGAAUCGCCUGGAAUAUUUCUAGACCCUCGCCUAACCCAAGACAAACAGUUCCACCAAGCAAAACCCCAGCACCAUGCAAGAAUUAAAAACACCUGUGUUGUAAAGAAAAAAAAAUUAGUAUGCACUGAAAACUGUGUCUUUUUCCUUCUGUUUGAUUUGAUCUCCUUGUGUUCCUUGUGAAUGCUCUCCUAUUUUUUUCUCCAUGCGCGUUGCUGGUGUGAUGGGUUCAGCUAUCCUACUUUAAUCCCUCUCUUUUUAGUAGAAAAAAAAAAUUACUGUACACUUUUCAGGCCUUUGUAAAUAUGUCACUGGUGAGCACAUUCUCUUUGGUCAGCGCUGAGAUUGCUGUAUAAUUCAGGUUUAAGUAACGCAGGUUUAAGGAACCCUGCAGGAAUUUGGAGAGCUAAAGACUUCACUGCUGUUACACUCACGUUCUCUGUUUAGAUUUAUUGUGUGUUUUGUGCCACUUCGAUCAGAAUCAGUAUCAGUUUAGGUUUGUUGCCUCCCGAUUCCCGUCGGCUCCAGAAGCGAGGCUGAUUUCCUAUGAAGCGUUUAGAACACAUUGUAUAUUGAUAGUUAGAGGAAUAUUAGUAGCAAGGUUACAUCUCUGUGGGUUUCAGUUAUAAAUUUGAUGUUUAUUGUUAAAAACAGGGCUGACAGAAAGCCAUCCAAAGCCGAUUACUGGUAAAAAAAAAACAACAACACAUUAAACAGGGUGGUUAUAUGGAAUAGACACUAAGUCCAAAGUCAUAACUCAUAUUUUAGAUUCAUCAGCAAUCACAGGAUGUUUGAUUAUCCAGCUCAAGCAGCAGAGGAGCAUAAAAUCCACCCAGAGUGACACUCGCACCACUUUCCUCAGCCUUGCGCAAAGCCUUAAUGCCUACUAUUUAUUUAAAAAAAAGAAAGAAAUGAAGUUUAGUUUGGUUUCUUUGUGCCAGAGAGAAGGUUCAUCUGCCUUGAUUUCUCUCAGCUUGUGUAGGUUGUCUUUAAGGUGUAGUGCACUUUUGUUCAUAUACAUCAGUACUUGAUCAUUCUGUAUGCUGUUUUUAAUUUAAUUUUAUUUAAUUUUAUUACUCUAUAAUAUGACUGAUUUAAAGUCCCACACUGUAGUUUUUAGCCUGUGAUAGCUUGAGGCUUUGUUCUUUUAACUGUGGUCUGAAGAGGAUGUAAAUAUGUCCAGUCUUUGUGUCUUAGCUCAUGUUUGGCUAUUUAUGUUGUGUAUGAGGUUAGCUGCACUUUGCCUGGGCAUUAGUUAGCUAGAAACCCCUCCUCCUCUUCCUCUUCCUCCUCCUCCUCUUCCGUUCCACAUACAGUUAUUUAUUUUCAGAAUGUACCACUUUAAGAUGAUUAUGUGAGCUAUUUGGGAACGCUAAGGUUUAGACUCUUUCUGGAUGUAUUUGGGAUUUUUUUUUUUGUUUUUGUCUCAUGCAUAUAUAUUUUUUUUAUUUCAAACCAUCAGGGCAGCAGUGAAACCAAAGAGGGUAACUGAGAAGAAGGCCAUAAAAGUGUUUGUAAAUACCAACUUUUGGUUUUGUACUUUUGUUGAAAAUAAAGUGUACAUUUUGAA